AUCAUCAACACAUAAAUAUCUUUGUUGGUCUCUUUCACCAUUCUACUUCCAAAAAAAAACACAAUCUACUUCUUUACGACAGAUACUAACUGCUUGGUUCUUAUUAAUUGGGAAUCAGCUCCAAGAAAGAUGUCUGAAAUCGACAAGAAAUUCGACCGGGCCACUGAGCUUGUCAAGAGUCUUCCCAGCGAUGGAGACGACAAGCCGAGCCAAGAAGAACAGCUCGAAUUCUACGCCUUGUUCAAACAAGCCACCGUCGGCGACGUCAAUUCAUCCAGACCGGGCAUGAUGGACUUCACUGGAAAAUACAAAUGGGAUGCGUGGAAGGCGAAAGAAGGCAUGAAAUCAGAAGAGGCCAAGACCAAAUAUGUUGAGUUAUUGAAGUCCAAGUUGGAGAAGUCUUCGAACCAAGAACAAGCCAAGAAGAUUCUCGAACAACUUGAGGCCGCUUGA